UCUGCUUUCUGUUUUUCCCUGCUCGUUUUUCUUUCAUCUAAACUAAACCUUGCGACAUCUAGAGUCGACUUCCAGGUGAUCCGAGUUCCGCAAAUCCUCGAACCGCAUAUGCUGUCAUCUAACGUCACAGUCGGUCAGCCCGUCACCCUACUCUGUAAAGUUCUUGCUAAUGGCAACCUUCGAUUGGCCUUUGAGUUCAGUCCCACGGGCGGCCGUCUCGAUGGAACAGGCUUCCGAGCAACUUCCUCUUCGAGUAAAGAGAAGACCGGCUCGGCUUUAGCUUCGCACCCAGGCGACACUGGGACUCGAUCUUCUGCCAGUGACGCCUUGCUCUGGCGGCCCGUAGAUCAAUCAGGCAAUGGAAUAACAUUACAAGAGACGACUGAAAGGAAUAAUGUGAAAAGUCUCUUUUUGAAAAUUAUGAGUAAAUGA